AUGGCUACACUCCUGACCUCCAAGAUCACCUUCAAGUCUGUCAUAGAGACCAUCGACAAAUACGCCUUCAUCAACAACCAGUACCCAGUGAUCCUGUCCAUAGAGAACCACUGUAGCAUCCAACAACAGAAGAAGAUAGCCCAGCACCUCAGAGAGAUCCUGGGGGACAAGCUGGACCUUGGAGAGGCUCUCCACAGAGACUCUAAACAACUACCCAGCCCACACUGUCUACAGGGGAAGGUCCUCAUCAAGGCUGUGUCCGAAUAA